AUGGAGACCGCCCUCUGCCACGACCAGCUGGCGAUCUGCGAGCUCGCCUCGCAUGAGCACCUCGCCCGCCAGCCCUCGCUCGCGGCGAAGGCUCAGGCGAAGGAGGCCUCCCCAGCCGACCUCGCGUUCGAGGUGGGCCACUUCCUCGGCGCAGGCGAGGCGAAGGGGAACCUGUGCAUCAGCCCCGCGCUGAUGGAUUGCAUCGCUGAUCAGAUGAAGACGCUGGCCAGGAUGGGCCUCGCGAGUUUGUGUUUGAUCAUCGUGAGCCUGGUCAGCUUGGCCCAGAGGCACUCGCGCCUCCGCCUGGCCUCGAGGCGCCCAGACGCGGCGCGGGCUGGCGAAGAGUGGUGCAACGAGGGGCGGUCCGCUCUCAAUUGGCUCCAAUGCGGCAAGGACGAGCACUGCGCGACCCAGGACGGUGUUGCAGCGCCCGCUGUGCAGGCAGCCUCGGUGGAGCAUCUUGCGGGCGUCUACCGCGAGUUCGAGCUGCCUGCCGCCUACUCGGAGAGGAGCAGCGCCUGCGAGGCAUCCCUGGUAGAGAUGCUCACUCUGGCACCUGGCUACGCUGGUGGCGGCGGUCGGGCGCGGCCCUACAGCCAGCCGCUCGCGGCCUGGUUCCAGUCGACGAAAGCCGUCUCCACCUGCGACGUCGUCUCGGAGGCCGAUUCCAUCGUGCUGCAGGGUUGGAGGCAGAUCAUGCUAAAUCCCGAGUCGGUUGCAGCGGAGUUGCGGGACGCGCUGGGCAUUGCCCGCCCGUGCGUAGGCCCCGAGCUGCGCUUCCAGCCAAAGUCCUGCGCUCAGUUUUUGAAGCAGCUGGAGGCCCGCGACAUGAUCGCGCGGCGGGCCGCCAGCCCUCAGUCUUCGCACUCAAUCGGCUUAUUCUUUGGGGAGAAAUCCAUUCGCAUGCCCAGGCUCGCGUUCGACACUCGGCUGGCCAACUGCAGUUUCGCGGCGCCCCCAGCCACCGAGCUCCCCACGCCCAGCGCGCGGGCCAGUGUCGACUGCGAUGACAGUUUCGUGCUCGCUCAGGGAGACACCCAGUGCGCCUUCUAUCACUUACGCUUGCCUGCAAGGAUGGAAUCGCUUUUCGCGCUGCCUGCGAUCCCCAACAGAACCGUCGGCCUCAAAUAUAUCAGCGGGGCCCCCAUAGGUAUCAACGAUUUCGUACAACCUCUGGUCACAGUUGUUACUUCGUGGUGGGGUUGGGCGUUGCACUACUGUCAGAGCGCCCUAGUCAUAGCUUUAUCCGACGUUGGCUUCGAGAGCAGCGACAUGAUUGUUGAUGGGGGCAGCCCGCGUCCGUUGGUCGAUCACAAUGAUGCCAUAUGCGCAGGCCACUGUGCUUGGGGGGUGAUCUUGAGACGGGACGUCCUGGCCAUCUUCAAUUCGGUCUACCGGUUCACCAACGUGGUCGGAGCUCAGCCGGCGCCUCUCUGGGGGUCUGUGGUCAGGGAGCUGCGGGCCGCGGUGGCCCUGAUCCCGCUCUGGAGUGCCUCUACCAGGUCUAGGUGGUCUUCACGGAUCUACGCUUCGGAUGCGUCGCUGUGCGGGAAGGGGGCGCGCAUCAAGGCUGUCUUCGGGUUCGACGAUUGGAAGAUCAUCAAGUCGAGCAGGCACUCGCGUUCAGGUUGCGACAUCUUGCAGUAUGAAGCCGAGGCCCUGGGGUUCAGUGCCCACCAUGCCUCCAGGGGGGUGGUCAAGGCCGCGAGGGCUCGGGCGGUCCACCCCGGGCCCUCCAGCCUCUCGCGAGGGGGCCUGUCGGUGCUGGGGGCGUCGGCGGCCUCGGCCUCCGCGGGCAGGAACUGCCGCGCCCGCGCCCAGAAGUUUCUGAGCUGGCGCCUUUGGACCGCGAGGGACUUUUGGGGCAGCGCCCAGCUCGACGCCGUCCUGGUCGUGCACUUCGCCCACCUGUUCUUGGGCGGCUACGACUGCGCGACGGGCUGCGCCGCGCUGGCCGCGCUGAAGCACCACGUGCCCGCCCUGCUGGUCGGGAGCAGGCCGCUGCCGCGGGCCUCUCGGGCGUUUCAGGGCUGGGCGAAGCUCGCCCCGCCUCAGAUGCGCCUGCCGCUCCCGCGCGUGGCGACUUUCGCGAGGCUCGCCUUCGACGCCUACCUCCGCCCGAGCGAGGCCUGCCGCCUCACCGCCGCCUCGCUGAGCGCUCCGCGGUUCGGGUCGAAGGAGGGCUACCAGCACUGGGCCACCCUGGUGAACGACGCCGCGAGCGGGGGGCCUGGCAAGACGGGGCGAGCCUGUGGAUCGCCCGAGCAGGUCCGCCGGGCCUUCAAGGCUGCCCUGGCGAUGCCCCAGCUCGACGGCGAGCAGACGUCGCUGUGCUCCCUGCGCCGCGGAGGAACGUCAGACGACCUCCUGUCGGGGCGUCGGACUCGCAAGGAGGUCAAGGACCGUGGCCAUUGGAGGACGGAUCAGUCGUUGAACCGAUACGCCAAGCGAGCUCGGAUGCAGCAGCGACUGGGGCAGCUCGCGCCAGCUCUAGUGGAGUUGGGGGGCAGGGUCCAGGCGAACUUCUUGCAGCUGAUGGGCGAGAAGGCGCGGGCGGGCAUCUUCUCGCCGCAGCUGCCGCCGCCUCUCCCUGCGUCCGCGCCUCCAGUCGUGAGGGCGGCGCCCGUGCUGACCGACCACGGGGGCGGCGCCUCCAGGAUGGACCGCGAGCCCGCGGCAGCCCAGCGGCCCUCCGCGGGCCAGGGCGCCACCCCAAGGGCGCGACAUCCGCCCGGACGGGCGACCGGCUCGGCGUACCCGCCGGCGGAGCCGCUGCCGGAGCAGAGGGUGACGCUGGAGGAGCUCUCCGCGAUCCUGAAGCUGAGGCCCUCCGAUGGCAACCUCCGCACGCUCUUCGGCCACCUCGCCGGGGAGGACGGCAGGGUCGGCUUCGACCACUUCGUGCGCCGCGCGCUCCCAGGUCGCUCCCCCGCCGAGCAGCGCCUGCGCGGGCGCGUCGCCGCCGCCUUCCGGGAGCGCGCCGCGGAGGUGCCGCCCGGGGCGGCGCGCGGGCAGGGCGAGGGCGGCGCGGCGCGGCAGGAGCCCCGCGUCCUGGAGACGCCGGAGGAGGCGUGGGAGCUCCUCCGAGGCAGGCGCGUGCUCCACGUCAAGGGCUUCGGCAGCGGCCUCGGGGACCUCCCCGAGGAGCAGAGGGGCGUGCAGCGGCAGCAGGACGAGGCCGCCGCUGCGGCCAUCGCGCGGUUCCGCCCCGACUACCUGGUGGUCGAUGGCGAUCCUUGGGGCGCAGGCUUCCAGCGCUACAUCUCGGCCUAUGCGGAGAGGCAGGCCGGGGCAGGGCUGGCGGUGCCGGAGCUCGUCUGGGUGAAGGACGUCAGGGGGAGCGCGCCCAGCCCCGAGGAGCGCAGGAGGAAGCUCGGCAGAGCCGGCGAGUGGGCCGCGCAGGGGCUCCGCGUGGUGGUCUCGUGGCUGCCCGAGGCGGCCGUCUCCCAGAGCGCGGACCUGCUGUUCGGGGCGGGCUGCUGGGAGAAGCUGCAGGGGCAGAGGCACGACUUCCGGGGCGCCGUGCGGCUGACGGAGGCGCCCGAGCCCGAGCGGCCCGAGUGGCUCCGCGCGCUGGCGGGCACCGCGCCUGGGCGCGGGCUGCGCGCGGCCAUCGAGGGCGUGGAGGGCAGGGCGGAGGGGCGGUACUUCGAGAGGUGCAGCCUCGAGAACGCCGCCAAGGGCCACGCGGUCUACCGGCACCUGCGGGGCGAGGGUCGCGAACCGGCCGCGCAAGGGGCCGUGGGCUUCGGGGGUGGCGAGAGUGUGCUGCUGGAGUUCGCGACCCUGUACCUGU